GAAAGUAACCGGGGCUGGGGCCGCGCCGCCCCGUCCCGUCCCGCACCGCACGAUGCCCCUCGCCGUGGCGCCCGGCCUCCUCCUCCUCCUGCUGCUGGCGAGCGGGACCCGGGGCGCCCUGGUGGUCUCCGUCCCCGCCUCCCCGGUGCGGGCCCAGCCGGGCUCCGACCUGCUCCUGGGCUGUCACUUCUCCGUGGGGGGGGCCGUGGACAUGCAGGCGCUGGUGGUGCAGUGGAAGCUGGGGGACCGCCUGGUGGCCGAGUUCGAUGAGGUCCUGUCGUACCCCAGGGCCGGGGCCAGACUGUUCCUGGACGAGCUGCGGGUCGGCAACGCCUCCCUGCUCCUCCCGCGGGUGGGGGGCGCCGACGCCGGGCUCUACACCUGCUCCGUCAUCCACUCCCCGAGCCGGGAGAGUCAGCAGCUGGAGCUGCGCGUGGAAGCCCCACCCCGUGUCUCGGUGAGUGGCACCGUGGUGAGGGCCGGCGAGCUCAGCAACGUGACCUGCAGCGUGAGCCACUUCUAUCCCAAGAGCGUGAUCGUCACGUGGCUGCGGGACAAGCAGGUCGUGGGGGGCCCCGAGACGCCCCACGCCCAGCUGGGCCCUGAUGGCCUGUACAGCGCGACCAGCAUCCUCCAGCUCGUACCCAGCAUCUCCCUCGCCGACGCCAACUACUCCUGCCAGGUGCAGCACGUCGCUCUGGGGGCGCCGAUCCAGGAGCUCUUCCGGCUGAGCGUGUUGUCCCCGCCCUCCCUGACCCUGCAGACGGUGGUGACGCCAGAGGGGCUGGGUGCCCUGCAUGUCCGGGUGAGUGGCUACUACCCCCCGAACAUCACGGUGGAUUGGCUGCGGGACGGGGAGAUCCUGCCCUCCAUGGAGUCGCUCCCCACACGGGAACCGGAUGGGUCCUUCACCCUCCACAGCGGCUACAUCCUCGACGGCCCAGAGCCUGACACCCGGGUCACCUUCACCUGCCGCGUGCAGCACCCGGCGCUGAGCACCCCGCUGGGGCAGAGCAUCACCUGGAAAGAGACAAACGUUAUAAGUCCAGACAGAACCCCGAAAAAAGAACCCGAACCAAGCCCCCACAAUCCUCUGGUCUGGAAGUCGUUAUGCCUGGCCACGUGGGUCCUGCUGGGCGUGGCCUUGGGGUGCUUCGUGUACUGGAGCUAUCAUCACAUCAGCAUGUCCCCGAUCCGUGCCUGGGAGUGUUGGCCGAAGGGCGGCGUCACCGUGCUGCUCUGCGGGGUGGAGGGGAGGCUCCGCGACACAGACAGCCUGACCUGGAGGAACCUGCGCCUGGGGAAGGUGCUAGGCCCUGGGCAGCCCGGGGAGCUGAGCGCACUGAAGCCGGAGCAGCACCACGUGGUGACGUGGCGGCGCCGCCUCCGGCUGGGCAGGCAGCAGCUCAUGUCGGUCCUCACCGUCCAGACCCCGUGUGACGAAGAAUCUUUCAGCUGCACGUUCCGGCCGAGCACAAGGGACAUGCAGCAGAGACAGAUCACAAUCCCCGGCGUGGCGGCGGGUGGCCCCCCUCUCGAUGGAGACACGUCCGUUUUUUGACUGUCCUGCACUCACGCCACGGCCGGUGCUGGGGAGACAGAGCCAGCUGCAAACCGCUCGGAGAGGAGAGAACAAACUGACCCCUUGUGAUGCUGUGUGAUCGACGUGUGACCGUGCACAGCACUGGUGUUGCCACUGUGCUACAACUGCAAGAGAACUUGUACCAAGCACGUCAUGUCCGGCGUCACUGGGAAAGUUGUGAAUUGCUAAGUGUGGCUAUCCUGCUUAUAUGUGUAGCCCCCCGCCCCCGUUCACCGGCCCAGAAUGAGGUGGUUCGAGAUCAGGGAAGCCUGUUUGUGACCCUUUACACAACUUUAGGGGACUGGGCCUGAGCCUCCUGUGUGUGCUCUGCGUUGUGUGUCAGUGUGUUCACCUCAGACCAGACCCACUCAGACAAACCACCAGAGAGCGCGACCACACCGUCCCGUAAAGGCGCUUUAAGCUGCUAAGUGUUGACUCAGGCUACGGCUACACGAGAGACUUCAAAGCGCUGCCCUCUGAGCGCUCCCGCGGCAGCACGUUGAUGUGCGAGUGCACGAGUGUGGUUGUGCGUGAGACAGCUCUCCCAGCGCUCCUGGUCAUCCGCUGCCGCAAGGGGAGUCGCUCCGAGCUCCGGGAGCCUGUCUACACUAGCGCUUUAAAGCGCUCAGACUUGCUGCGCUCAGGGGGGUGAUAUUUCUCACCCUGAGCCAGCAAGUUAGAGCGCUGUCAAAUGUGCGUGUAGACAAGGCCUCAGCCCCUGUGUCUGUUCCUGGGGUAACACCCCCAGGCAGGUUACAUCCAGUCUAGGCAGCACAACAUGACUGGACUGUUCGAGUUCGAUGGCCCGUUAAAGGAGACGCCCCUAACCCUAGAGGGAGCUGGUGAGUGAGCCUUCCUGCGGGUGCCCCAGCCAGAAUCCGGGCAAUGGCUGCCGAUGAGACUCAUGUGACGUGCUCAUGUGACCCUGGACUCCAUCUUGGGCUGGUAAUUUUCCACAGACUGUGCCUGUGGGCUGUGUUUGGGACAGUAAAAUUCCCAGCACCUGGCAGAGGCUAUAAAAGACCCUGAGACAUCUGCAAUUGGGCUUCGUGUCCUGCUCUGAUUCUCCGGACUGUGGAUUUACAGCUACAAGGGUCAUUUGAACUGGGGACUGAGGCCCAUCCAGUCUUUUGGAAGUUGGCUACAAGACUUUACAAGCCAGCCGUCUAGUCCAUCCCUGCUACAGGCCUGAUCCAAGAACACGCCAUUGUUGUAGGCAUAUGAGCUAUUAACCAUGUGUAACGCUCGUCGUCUUCUCUUCUCUAUGAAUAAACCUUUAGAUAUUAGCUAC